GGGAUGACUUGAUACAAGGGAAAGGCUAAAACCUAAAGACAAGGGAGAGAGACGACGGAGGCAACCCAAACCUCGUACGAUCCUCGCUUUACAAUCAGCGACAUUCGAAUUCCAUGUCACGAGCCGUGAGUUUGGAGAUGCCGUAUCUGAAUGCAUAGAGAUGCAAGUGGCGGCCUUGAAGAACGUGCUCAGGUCACGGGAAUGGAGUUCCCUCUCGCCGCCAAUCGCUUCCGCGCUGUUCCACUCAUCUCCGGUCUCCCUCGCCAAACGCAGCUCCAAUUUGGGCCGCGAGGAUGAAAGAAGACAUGAAGAACCAUCAAAGAAUUACAUCAGAUAUUCAGUUCAUCAAAAGCGAGCAGAUGCAAGGGGUGCUCUUAAAAAUAUUCUUUUCAAUGGAACACAAUCCAAGCAGUAUUUUCAGGAUGAAGAUAUUACAUGGCGUGCUGAUAGAAAAAGCAGUAGAAAUUUCAAAGUAGAAGAUAGUUCACAUGAAUCGGACAAAUAUCAACGACCAAAAUAUACGGGUACACCAAAGCAUCAGAGAACAUCAAACCAUCGAAAAAGCAAAUGUGGCAGAAUCCAACGUAGAAAAAAUGGGCAAAGCUUUGAUGAUGAGGAUGAUGACUGUGGGCAUCCUAAGACAAAAUUCUCAGCUAGCUUUGGCGGACAAAGAUGUUUUACAUGGUCUUUUAAUUCUCAGGACAGACUUCAUUUUGAGAAUUUUACUAAUGGAUUUGAGUGGAGAGAUCAUUCACAGCAGGCUAAAGCUAGGACACGAGUGUGGAGCGAAAGCGAUAUUGAAGAGGAAGAUGAAUCAAAUGAUAUUGGCCUGCAAUCCCAUAGAUUUGCUCUUGGACUGCCACUCGUGGGUCCCCUAAAAUUAGAUGAUGUGAAAUGCGCUUUCCGCUCAUCUGCUUUAAAGUGGCACCCUGACAAGCAUGAAGGAACUUCACAGGCAGUAGCAGAGGAAAAAUUCAAGCUCUGCGUGGAAGCAUACAAAACACUCUGCAAGAGCCUGAAGUCAAGCUAGGGUGUCUACUAGACGAGUCAAUUAGGACUAGUAUUGGAAAUUAUACAGAGAAAUUUGAUGACAUUGCGAGUUCUACAAAAAACAUGCAUUUGUUGAUUUAUCUGUUCGUUAUAUGCGUUGUAUUCCUUGAAAGAUGGGUCUCAUUUGUUACCGUCGGAAUUCGAUUGUCUGAAUGCUGAAGGAUUUAAAACCUUCAGCAUUAUAAUACAACCUUGAGAUCCAUAUGCUGCA